UUUCUUCACUGCAUCGUGGUGGCACACAUCUCGGUCUUCAUAGGCUACUCGUGGGCUGUAGAGUCGGCUUUUCUUACUUUUAUGCAAGCAUUUUUGCACUUAGAAACUAUUUCUGUACUAAGUCGCGUUGUUUUUGACCCCUUCUAGCUAACGUAUUAACUGACAGUUCCGUCCAGUUAGCUAUUUAACGAAGUAGUUAGCUUUAUGACUGCUUAGGAAAACGGGCUUGUGUAACCACUUUUUUUUGCUGAACGAAACGUUUAAAACUUGUUAAAAUCCUUGGAAAGUUGGAACUAUCUUCACAAUGAGCUGCUUGAAGGAGGAAACUCGAAGCGCAUCACCUCAGUGUCCCAAACCUGAUGAGUCCGAGGAGCCCCUGGGCACAACAAUGGAGACGGAAGCUACUCCUGAGGGAAGCAGCAAGCCUGAAAACAUUCCUGAAGUAGUCAUCACAAAGGAAAUGGAGGAGGAGGAAACGCAGCUAAUGGAAGAAGGAGAAAGGAAAGAGAAAGAGAUGAUUGAAAAGGCCCGGGAGUCGUGGGAGAGGGACUCUCAGGACCUGCGAUACAAACGACUGCAGCAUUUGCUUCAGAAGAGCAACAUCUACUCUAAAUUCCUUCUGACAAAGAUGGAGCAGCAACAGAUUGAGGAGAAAAUCAAGAAGGAAAAAGUUGAAAAAAAAUCCAAGAAGAUGCAAAACACAAACAAUGCUGCUACUGAGAAAGAUAAAAAGAAGAGGAAGAGAGAUGAAGACUACAAAAUAGCAGAUGUUAUUUCAAAAGAAGAAAUCAUGUCACAGGCUAAGAAGUCAAAAGUGGAAGAAGGGACCACCUCUCCUGCCCAGAAGAAACUAGAAGCUGAAGAUAUCGAAAAGCUGAGCGAUUCCAACCAAGACAUCAAGGACCGCCUGUCUGAGACUGUUCGAGAAAACGCCAAGCAUCUCCUGCAUCCUGACAGGAAGGUGAACGGUCAGCCGGUUCCUGUCCAGCAACCACAGCUGUUCUCUGGAGGAGUCAUGAGGUGGUACCAGAUMGAGGGCAUCGAGUGGCUGAGGAUGUUGUGGGAGAACGGCAUCAACGGGAUCCUGGCUGAUGAGAUGGGACUGGGCAAGACCAUUCAGUGCAUCGCUCACAUCGCCAUGAUGAUAGAAAAGAAAGUGAUGGGCCCUUUCCUGGUGGUGGCCCCUCUCUCCACUCUGCCCAACUGGAUCAGCGAAUUCAAGCGCUUUACACCAGAGGUGUCUGUGCUGCUGUACCAUGGCUCUCAGCCGGAAAGGGCCAAGCUGCUGAAGCAGAUUCGCAGGCUUCAGGGACCCCUCAACAUGUUUCCUGUAGUUGUCACCUCCUUUGAGAUCUCCAUGAUUGACAGAAAAUAUCUGCAGCGCUUCCAAUGGAAGUAUCUGAUAGUGGAUGAAGGUCACAGGAUCAAAAACCUCAACUGUCGGCUGGUGCGAGAGCUGAAGGCGAUGCCCACUGACAACAAGCUGCUGCUGACGGGCACUCCGCUGCAGAACAACCUGGCAGAGCUCUGGUCCCUCCUGAACUUCCUCCUGCCAGAGGUCUUCGAUGACCUCAAGAGCUUUGAGUCGUGGUUUGACAUCAGCUCCCUUGGUGAGGCUGAGAACGUGGUGGUAGCUGAACGGGAGCAGAACAUCCUGAGCAUGUUGCACCAGAUCCUGACUCCGUUCCUGCUGAGGAGGCUGAAGUCAGAUGUGACGCUGGAGGUUCCUCCUAAGAAGGAGAUAGUUGUUUAUGCUCCACUGACACCCAAGCAGGAAGCCUUUUACACCGCUGUCGUCAACAAGACCAUCGCCAAGAUGCUGGGCCAAGAAAAGGAAGAGGCUCCCGUGGCGUUGACAUCAAGCGGCAGACCAAAGCGUCGGAGCAGAAAGAUAGUGGACUACAACGAAGACAAUGAGGAGACACUUUCCCUGGAGAAAUACCUGGAGAGAAUCCGCAAGGAGGCGGAGCUAAGCCCAGCACCAGUCCUGGAGGUUCAGAGUCCACUGGACGCCCAGAUCACCCUGAAGCUGCAGAGCAUUCUCAUGCUUCUAAAGAGGUGCUGUAAUCACCCCUACCUGGUGGAGUACCCACUGGACCCCGCCACACAGGAGUUCAAGAUUGAUGAGCAGCUGGUGCAGAGCUCUGGGAAGUUUCUUAUACUGGACAGGCUGUUGCCGGCUCUGAAGAAAAGAGGACACAAGGUUCUCAUCUUCAGUCAGAUGACGUCCAUCUUGGAUAUCCUGAUGGAUUAUUGCUACCUGAGAGGUUUCCAGUACAGUCGACUGGAUGGCAGCAUGUCAUACACCGAGAGAGACGAAAAUAUGAAAAAGUUCUCAUCAGAUCCAGAAAUCUUUAUCUUCUUGCUGAGCACYCGAGCAGGAGGACUCGGGAUAAACCUGACAGCUGCAGACACGGUCAUCAUCUUCGACAGUGACUGGAACCCCCAGGCAGACCUUCAGGCUCAGGACCGCUGUCACCGCAUCGGACAGACCAAACCUGUGGUGGUGUACCGCCUGGUCACRGCCAACACCAUCGACCAGAAGAUCCUGGAGAGGGCUUCGACCAAGAGGAAGUUGGAGCAAAUGGUCAUCCACAAAAAUAAAUUCAAAGGUGGGAAGGCAGAACUGAAGGAAAACAAAAGCUGUGUCGAUCUGGACGAGCUCCGGGAGCUGCUCAGAGCCAAAAGCACUGAGAAGGAGGUAAAGGCUUCCAAAGGGAAGGUGAUCAGUGACAAGGACCUGGAUAUUUUACUGGAUCGUAGCGACUUACUGGACAAAGACAAGAGGAGCAUGAAGGAGAAGGUUGGAGUUUUCAGAGUGAUCGAUGUCAAGGAGUCCUCAGAGAUUUCACUGACCUGAGAAAACUUGAACUUUUAAAACAAAAAAGGACUGAAAUGAUCCUUUCAGGUGACGCACAACUGCUGUUUUAAAAACUUGAAGAGAACAUCCUGAAACUGCUGUUUGUAGAUUUGGGCAAAGUUUUUUGUUUCUGCCUUAUCUCACCAGCCUUCUGUGUUUAGAGCGCAUGUUUUUAUUGUUUUAUCAGACGUGCUCUGUUGUGUAUUAGAAGACUGAACACACUGAGAUUUUUGUUUUGAUUCUGACAGUGACAUUAAAACUGUCAGAGGACUGGUAGGUUCCUCUCAGUGUAAUUGUACUCUUUUCAUAUUGUAUUUUUUUUCUUCAAAGUAUAAUCCUUCAGGUGUGUUUCUUUCCCUGGUGGUGUAUAAAGCAGCCACUGCAGAGGUCAGCACCAGAACAAGCUGUACCAACAGUGGUUUGUGUUGUUAAAUUUGUUCUUAAUCCUUGCACUUUCAGGCAUCAGAAACAUUAAGCUGUUUUUUUUUUGUUACAAAUAAAAUAUUACAAUUUUGCUUAUUUUUCCUAACUUUAUGUUAAGAAAAUGAUUGGGUUCCAAUUUGAUUUAGGUGUUUUGAAUAAACGGUUCAGGGGUGUACUGUG